CAGUAGCGCGAUAUGCGCACUCCUCUCGGCUUCCUGAAAUGACUUUCUUGUCGAAGAGGGUCCAACAUCACUGUACCACCAGCUAUGAUGUUUUCCAGACUGUCUUGAAAUAAAGUGCCUUCCCGACCUCCACAUUGCUGCCAGAAUGUCCUCCAUAGAUCCCUAUCAGUACAUCAUAGUUGAGCAUCAGUACUCUCAUAGAUUGAACGUAAACGUUGUGAGAGCUGAAAAUGUGACAAAAGGAGCAUUUGGGGAUUUAUUGGACACCCCAGACCCUUACGUGGAACUGUCCAUACCAACCACACCAGAGUCCAGAAAACGAACACGACACAUAGAUAACGACAUUAACCCGAAGUGGAAUGAAACAUUUGAAUUCAUAUUGGAUCCCAAUCAACCCAAUGUUUUGGAGAUGACACUGAUGGAUGCUAAUUAUGUCAUGGACGAAACUCUGGGCACAGCUAAAUAUUCCCUCUCAAAGCUCAAAGUGGGUCAGACAGAGCAUGUGAGCCUAUCUAUUGGCAAGACGACAAAAGUGUUCCUCGACUUGUUCUUAGAAGUGUGUGCGUCCACAGACUUGCGCUUCAGCAUGGCACUGUGUGAUCAGGAGAAACUCUUCAUGCGGACGCGCAAGGACAGAGUUAUGCUCAGCAUCAAGAAGCUUCUCAAAAUGGAAAACCCACGCUCUCUUCCAGCCUCACCUAGAGAAGUUCCCAACAUUGCUAUUUUGGGAUCUGGAGGUGGUUUUCGUGCAAUGGUUGGUUUCUCUGGUGUGAUGAAGGCUUUGUAUGAAUCUGGGGUGCUUGACUGUGCAGCAUACGUGGCAGGACUUUCUGGAUCAACAUGGUAUAUGUCCAUGCUGUACUCGCACCCUGAGUUUCCCGCCAAAGGCCCAGGAGAUAUUAAUAUGGAGCUGAUGAACAGGGUCAGCAAUAGCCCACUCAAACUGCUCCUGCCCCAAAACAUCAACCGCUACGUUAAAGCGCUGUGGAAGAAGAAAUCGGCCGGACAGCCUGUCACCUUCACUGACAUCUUUGGGAUGUUGAUCGGAGAGACUCUUAUUCCAGGGAGAAUGGACGCAAAACUGAGCUCCAUGCAGGCGAAAAUUAAUGAAGGUCAGAGCCCACUUCCUCUCUUCACCUGUCUGCACGUCAAGCCUGACGUCUCUGAGCUCAUGUUCGCAGACUGGGUGGAGUUCACCCCGUAUGAGAUUGGCAUGGCCAAAUACGGCACCUUCAUGUCUCCGGGGCUGUUUGGAAGCAAGUUCUUUAUGGGCAGCGUUGUGAAACAAUACGAGGAAAACCCCUUACAUUUCCUUAUGGGUGUAUGGGGCAGUGCUUUCUCCAUCCUCUUUAACCGGGUUCUGGGGGUGAAGGAGACAACCAGCAGAAGCACAAUGGAGGAGGAGCUGGAGCAAAUUAAACUCGAGCAUAUUGUGGGUGAUGAUUCAGCAGAUAAUGAAGAGGAAACUCAAAGGGGAGGCACCGAGAACGCAGAGGCAGAAGAUGAGCGGCAGCGUCAUGCCCAGGCUAGCUGGGUUCAGCGCAUGUUGACCUCCAUAAUGGGGGACACCACCUUGUUCACCACACGUGAGGGCCGUGCUGGCAAGGUGCACAAUUUCAUGCUGGGACUCAUCCUAAACUGUUCCGUGCCCUUCUCUCCCUUCGGCGGCCUCAUGCACCAGACCUCAGUGGAUGAGGAGGUUGAUGCUGUUACAGAUCCUGACGAGUUUGAGCGAAUCUAUGAGCCCCUAGAUGUGAAGAGUAAGAAAAUCCACAUAGUGGACAGUGGUCUUACCUUUAACCUGCCCUAUCCUCUCAUUCUGCGGCCACAGAGAGGAGUUGACCUCGUCAUUUCCUUUGACUUCUCAGCCAGGCCCAGUGACUCCAGCCCGCCAUUCAAAGAGCUACUGUUGGCUGAAAAAUGGGCCCGUAUGAAUAAGCUGCCAUUCCCUAAGAUCGAUUCGAAAGUAUUUGACAGAGAGGGCCUGAAAGAGUGCUAUGUGUUCAAACCUAACAAGGGGGACAAGAGCUGCCCCACCAUCAUUCAUUUUGUCUUGGCCAACAUUGACUUUCGGAACUUUAAAGCCCCAGGAGUUCCCAGAGAGACAGACAAGGAAAUAGAGUUUGCCGACUUUGACAUAUUUGACGAUCCAGACUCCCCCUUCUCUACUUUCAACUUCCAGUAUUCCAACCAGGCCUUCAAGAGGCUUCAUGACCUCAUGGAGUUCAACACGCUCAACAACAUUGAGGUUAUAAAAGAAGCAAUUAAAGACAGCAUUCUACAGAGACGAGAGAACCCCUCACGCUGCUCGGUUUCCUUAUCUCUCAAUGAGAUUGAAAACAAGAAGUUCCUGAAACGAGAUACCAGCAAUGCAAAGCGGCACACCUAACAGAUAGCUGCAAAAAGCUAUGCAAAAGCCUUGACGUCUGAGAAUUCAUUGGUCCACUGGUGCUGGUUCUCAUUCAGCCAUUUCAUGAGAAUCACUUAGCAGAUUCAUCAGAUAAGACUGGAUUGACCUUAUUACAGGGUCAUUUGUAUGCUGCAUUCCAGACAACUUUGAAUUCUCCCACCUCCUACUUAAAGAUAAUCACUUGAAAGGGGCUUUUUUGGUCAGACUCCCAAUUAUUACCAACCAAGGCUAUCAAAAAUUAAAACCACAUUUAUCAUUGAUUCUAAAAUAACACUGUUACAAAUCCCAACUCCAAUAAGAAGCACAAUUUGAAAUAUUAAGCACAAAUAAAAGGGCAUUCUGUUGGUUAUUUUGAAGUAGAGGUGGACAAUUCUAAAAAUCCAGGUUGUCUGGAACGCACCAUGAGUGGAACACUCGGUAAUGGUGGGAAAUUGAAAAUUUCAGUUCAAGUCUUCCCUCCAAAGACUUAAUCUAGAAUGCAGCCACAGGAACACCCAAUCUACAUGCAUUUUUGUGUUUUCUGCACUGAUUUUGGGGGAACUUCUAUGGAAUAGAUUUGAAUAUGUGACCCUGGACCACAAAACCAGUCACAAGAAGCACAAGUAUAUUUGUAGCAAUAGCCAACAUCAAAAUUAUUAUUUUUUUCUUUUAUGCCAAAAAUCACUAGGAUAUUAAGUAAAGAUUAGUAAUAUUAGUUUUGUUUUUUUUAUUAGUAAUAUGCCUUGCUAAGGACUAACUCCGGUGUGGGGUAUGCUUUUUCAGUGUUCAUUGGAUGUAUAGAGUCCCUGCACACCAAUAGAUCGGUGAUUACUUCAAUCCCAAAAAAAACCCCGUCCUUUUGAGAACAAUGAUUUCAGACCUGUAGCACUAACUUCAAUUGUAAUGAAAUGCUUUGAGAAAUACAUUGUGUCUAUAUUGAAAAGUGAAGUAUCCUCAAAACUAGAUCCAUGGCAGUUUGCUUAUAAACAGGGCAGGAGUGCAGAAGAUGCUGUAGGGAGUAUUAUCCAUUUAGUUUCUAAACAUCUGGAGGACUCAUAGGCAUAUGAUAUCUUUAUUUUUAUUGAUUUAGCUCAGCUUUUAACACUGUGCAAGCGUAUUUAUUUUUGGAGAAACUGAAACAUGUAGAUGUAAAUCCUUAUAUCAUAAGAUGUUUUUUUGUUUUGUUUUUUACUGGUAGAACCCAACAGGUUAAAGUCAAUAAGAUGAUUUCUGACUUACAAUACAUUAGUACAGGAGUACCUCAAGGGUGUGUGAGUUCCCCUGUUUUCUUUACAUUAUACACAGAUGGCUGUGUGAGCAAAAAUACUUAAUAAUCAAAUUUUGAAUUUUUUUGAAGACACCGCUAUCUUUAACGUAUUGUAUAAAGAUCAAGACAUUUUGUCUUACCACUCUGAAAUCAGUCCGUUUAUAGAGAAGUGUGAUGCCCACCACCUAAUUGUGAAUGUGAAAAAUAAUGAGCAGAUUAUAUUCGAUCCGAAGUCAAUUGGGGACCAUUGCCCUGUAUAUAUUCACGAUGUUCCAAUCACACAGGUGUCCUCAUAUAAAUACCCCAGUGUUCAUCUUGAUUGUUUUCUUACAUGGCAUGUUCACGUUGACAGUUUGUGCACUAGGCUUCAACAAAGGAUGUCUUUUUUGAGAAGGCUCAGACUUUAUGGUGUCAGUAGCAGGAUUAUGAUGUUGUUUUAUCAAGUUGAACUAGAGUAUGUGAUCAGAUAUGGAAUGCAUCUUUGGUACAGUAAUUUGACAGUAGAGUUGAAAUCUAGGCUAGAUAUUCUUCAGACAACCAUGAAAAUCAUGGGCAGAAUAGACCCUCUUUAUCUCCAGACUAUGCUGAGGGAGGCAGAUAAGAUUUUGCAUGGUACAACACACAUCUUGAACUGUGAGUCUGUAAUGCUGCCAUCAGGUAGGAGAUUAAGGAUUCCAAGAUGUAGAUUAAAUUGGUUCAAGAACUUGUUUAUUCUUUCUACAAUUAAAGUGCCCCUAUAAUGAAAGGUUCAUAUUUUGGUUUUGGGAGUCCCCAACAACAGGUUGACAUGCAUUCAAGGUCACACUGCAUGACAGGUCAUUUUCGAAAAUCCAUAAUAAGGGGACUUUAAGAUAUUAAAUAACAUUAUGUGAGUUUAUGUAUUUAUGGGUUAUUUAUUAUUUUUUUCCCACUUUUCUUACUGUUAUGUGUUAUGUGAUGUGGUGGUUGUAUUUUUUAACCCUAAGACAAAUUUCCCUCAGCGACAAUAAAGUAUACCUUAACCAUUUGGAAAAUUUUAAAGGCGAUUUUCUCAAUAUUUUUAUUUUUAUUUUUUAUUUUUUUGCAGCCUCAGAUUCCAGCUUUCAGAUGAUUCAUAAAUCUCGAUUUCAAAAAGUUGUCCCUUAUGACUGGUUUUGUGGUCCAGGGUCACAUACGGUAAAAAUGUGUUGCGUAUGGUGAAAUGAUCUGAGAAAACUGCACUCUUAUUAGUCACUAAAAACAUGAUCAAAUUAGCCAAAAUAGUUCAUAAACAAAUGCAAUGGGCAGGUGGCGUUCAGAACUUUACAACAUUCAACAUCAGGACCAUUCAGAACAUUCUCAACUUCAUUUCAAAACGGUUCUUGAAUCUGCAUGUUAAAGUGUUUAUGAAUCUGCCUGUUCACUUCUCUACGGGUUCCGAGGAGUCAAGUACAGGCAGCUUUCUUUUCACUUGACCUUUAAGCAGUAAAUACUGUUCUAAGAGUAAUUUACGGUUUCAGUGUGGUGGCUUGAGCCUCAGGACAUGCUGUUCCUCAUGUGCUUCUGCCAGUGUUUGUUCUCCAUUCAGUUCUACUGUGACGCACCUAUGACCAGUAGAUGGUCGAUGGUUAGCCUUGUCUUCAGGACAGGAUUCAUCUCAUAUUUUAGGGAAUGAUUCAUUGCUUAAGAACUAGAUUCAGCUGCAUCUAUUUAUUCUUCUUACAAAUGUGGUCUCCUGCCCAAGGGGUGAAAGGCAGAAGGUAAAAUGCCCUCUUACACCUCUCACGCAGAACUCCACAUCAUUGUGAGGCAUCAGGAACAAUGACAUGAUGAGACAUGUUGUGAAAAUCUCAUUUCCUGUUUGUAUCAGAUAUAUCUGUGGCACAUACAGUUGUAACUUCACACAUAAUCAUUCCUCUGGUUUACAUACUUUAUGAUGAAAUUGUAUACAAGGUUAUUUAUUUGUAUGCUUAUUGCGUAUCUGUUGUGAUUUCAAAUGCAUUUUACGAUUUGGACAUCUCAGAAUCAAACAUUUGAAGUAAAUGUCAAUGAGAAAAAAGUCCGUAAAGCGGAACAGUUGAGCUCAUUCAUAAAACUGAACUGAGGUUAGGAUAAAGGUGGCAGGUAGAUACUGGAUAGACAGGUUGUGUGGUAAAAACAAAUAGAGCUGAGCCUUAGAGUGCACUUUAGGUCCACAAUAAAUGUUAUUAUUACACAUUCAUUGCUGUUUGUGGUCUGUACAGUUAGAAUUUUAUGUAAUCAUUAUGUUAAGAACAAUGUAGAGUCUUUAACCUACUGUAAUUUUGUAUGAUUCAUGUAUACACAAUAGAGUUAGCUGUCAUGUAAUGUUACUAGCCUGUGUAGUGUUAUGCAUAAACAUAAUAAAAGCAAAUUAAUCUUGAUAA